AUGGCAAUCGGAAUUCGUCAACUCCAAGGCCGCAACCUCUAUCGGUUGAUGCAGUUCAUUUGUGGCACAUCGUUCAUGAUGUACGGAUACGACGCCGGUGUCCUCGGCGGGGUCCUCCUUCACCCAGCAUUUCUCGACGCCAUAGGCAAUCCUACCGGCGAAUGGGUCAUCCCUUGGAUCUCCAGCUCCUACAGUCUCUCAGCAUGCAUUACCUGUGCGAUUGUAGCGACAUUCGCUUUCAAGAUCGGGCGCCGUGGCACUAUUAUUCUCGGUAAUGGCGCCGCGGUCAUCGGCUCCAUCAUUCAAGCGACCGCCUACUCCGUGGCCCAACUCACCGUCGGACGUGUCAUCACCGGCUUCGCCAUCGGGUGCAUCUCCAGCGCGGUGCCAACCUACCUGGGCGAGACAGGCGUCGAAAUCGGUGACAGAGGCCCAGCCAACGCCUUCAACGCGAUCAUGCUGAUCUCCGGAGUCCCCAUUGCGUACUGGAUUGACUACGGCUUCACCAAAUCCGAGGCCCAAUACUCGUGGCGCGUGCCCAUUGCGUUUCAGUGCAUCUUUGCCAUUGUGGCGGGUACGUGCAUGUUCUUCUUGCCCGACACGCCCCGGUACUACUACGCCCGGAACCGGCACGCAGAAGGCGAUGAGGCACUCUCGCGCCUCAACGAUGCCCCGAUCGACUCGGAGAAAGUGCAGAUCACGAAGCGAGAGAUCUUGCUGGCCAUCGAGGCUGAAGAUGAAGCGAAAUCCAGCCUGCACUGGAAGAUGUUUUUGACUUCGGGCAUCAUCGACCGUACUCCUAUGAAGAUCAUCCGCCGACUGUGCAUUUGCUUCUGGCUGCCCAUGAUCAGAGAGUGGAUGGGCUCCAGUCUCAUGGCCUACUACAGUGAGCCGACCUUUACCUUCUCUCCACUCGUGUACAUGCUCGUUGACAAGGUCACAGGUUCCGUAAUUCUAAGUCGUGUCGGCGCCCGCGCCUCGCUCGUCAGUCUAUUGUCUGGCAUUCUCAACAUCUGUUUCGCCGCGGGCUGCGUGCCGCUGUACUUCACGAUCGAGCGCGUCGGACGCCGUUCUGUGUUGAUGUACGGCGCAAUGGCAAUGUCGGUUCUGAUGCUGAUUUUCACGGUCCUUCAAGCUGUACCACCCACACAGUCGAUACAAUGGGCUGGGAUCGCUAUCAUCUUUGUAUUCCUGUUCGUCUUUGGGUAUGCCUGGCAAGGCUGUGUCUGGCUGUACUGUUCGGAGAUCCCACCACUUGAGUAUCGACAUAUUGGAGGCGCCUUUACGGGAUUCGGCGAGUGGUUGAUGACGUUUAUUACUGUAUUUGCUGGACCCAUCGGCCUUGCGAACAUCGGUUGGCAUUUCUGGCUAUGGGUAUUGAGCGGCAACCUCGUUGCCAUUGUCUUUGUCUUCUUCCUGUGUCCAGAAACGGGCGGGAAGACAUUGGAGCAGGUUGAUUACCUGUUCUCAGAGACUGGGUUUGUUGCGGGACUUAAGAAGGUUGAGGACAUGGAGCAGAACUGGGUUGAGACCGAGACUGCAGGAGAUCAGUUCGAGAUCAAAGAGUAAAUUCCGGAUUGUGUCCGUUUGGCUCUUUCGGCAAGAUUACGCUGCUUUUUGCGAGUUGUUGUCAAAGUUUACAUGAUAGAAUUCGUUGAUUGCUCUGCUUCGAACCUAAUUGUUGCUCAUGUAAUGUCCUUGCGUCUGGCAUACAACAAGACCACCGUCGUCGCCAUGG